AUGACGCCAAGUCGUUGGAUUGAUUUAAUGCACAAGUCCAAUAAAACUACACCAUUCAUUGUGUCAGAUUCCAGAGCCCAUCUGGACCGUGAUAUGUUUGCUAUAAUGUCAGGCCCAACAAUUGCAGUUAUUUCAGUGGUAUUUGAAUAUGCAGAACUUGAAGAUGUAGACCAAACAUGUAUUGAUGGAUUCUUAGCUGUUGCAAAGAUUUCUGCAUGCCAUCAUCUCAAAGAUGUUCUGGAUGACUUGGUGGUGUCUCUAUGCAAGUUCACAACCCUCUUGAACCCGUCAUUUGCCGAGAAUAUCCUGGAUUGCAUCUUAAAAUUGCACAAACUUGGUCCUCUACCUGCUCGUGUGGCCAGUGAUGCAGCUGAUGAUUCAAAACUCUCUUCUGAACCUGGACAUGGGAAGCCUUUAACAAAUUCUUUAUCUUCAGCUCACAUGGCACCCAUGGGUACUCCAAGGAGAUCUUCUGGACUGAUGGGCCACUGCAGUCAGCUCUUAUCUCUCGAUAUAGAGGAGCCAAGGUUGCAACCUAUUGAACAGCAACUUGCUAGGGGUGUUAGAAUUGCUGAUUGUAUUUUAUAG